AUCGAUAAUGGUUCAGGAAUGUGCAAAGCAGGCUUUGCUGGUGAUGACGCUCCCCGUGCUGUAUUCCCAUCGAUUGUUGGUCGACCACGUCACCAGGGCGUCAUGGUUGGUAUGGGACAGAAGGAUAGCUACGUUGGUGAUGAAGCCCAGUCCAAACGAGGUAUCCUCACCCUCAAAUACCCAAUCGAACACGGCAUCGUGACCAACUGGGAUGAUAUGGAGAAGAUCUGGCACCAUGCGUUCUACAAUGAGUUGAGAAUCGCACCUGAGGAACACCCCAUUCUGCUCACCGAAGCCCCGUUGAAUCCGAAGGCCAACCGAGAGAAGAUGACACAGAUCAUGUUCGAAACAUUCAACUCACCAGCCAUGUAUGUGGGCAUCCAGGCUGUGCUGUCCCUGUACGCGUCGGGUCGUACGACCGGUAUCGUGCUGGACUCUGGUGACGGUGUCACACACGCAGUCCCAAUCUAUGAGGGUUACGCGCUUCCUCACGCCAUCCUCCGUCUCGAUCUGGCUGGUCGUGAUCUGACUGACUACCUGAUGAAAAUCCUGACCGAGCGUGGUUACAGUUUCACGACAACGGCCGAGCGAGAAAUCGUGCGUGAUAUCAAGGAGAAGUUGUGCUACGUGGCUCUGGACUUCGAGCAGGAGAUGGCGACCGCGGCAUCGAGCUCCUCACUGGAGAAGAGCUACGAACUGCCUGAUGGUCAGGUGAUCACGAUUGGUAACGAGCGGUUCCGUUGUCCCGAGGCUCUGUUCCAACCGAGCUUCUUGGGUAUGGAAUCUUCGUUGCCCCACCGGAGCGUAAAUACUCGGUUUGGAUUGGUGGUUCGAUCUUGGCUUCGUUGUCCACGUUCCAACAGAUGUGGAUCUCGAAACAGGAAUACGACGAGUCUGGUCCAG